CCUCAAGGAAUGAGGAAGCAAGGAGGUCCUACCUCUAGUCAUGGAGCGUUAUGGGACGCCCACUGUGUGCUAGUCAGGGCCUCAGUGCAGACAGCCGUCGCCAGAGGAGGUGGAUCACGGAGGACCGGGCGCCCCAAAGACCGGGGAGGGAGCCAGAGGCGGUCGCUGUGCGUCUCUCAUCCAAAGCUGGAGAGCGAAAUAGAGCAGGGUUUGCUGGGGCCCAAGUGUGGCGCGCGCUGAGGAGGAGGGGUCGGAGGAGCUGUCGGGACCAGUCGGGCUCCUGCUGCUCGGCAGGUGAGAGCCCUGGCAGUGUGUUCCCGGCCGUCCGGGCGACCUGCACCGAGCCGCACUUAGUGACCUGCCGUGUCCCCUGGUGACGGGAAAGCUACCAGCGUAACCCGAGUGACGCUGCCCCUGCAGAAGAAGCCAGCUGAUGGGCGGACAGACACACAGAUGCCCAGCCAGCCCCACGGAAAGGAGCAGAGCCACAGGGAAACCCUGCAGAGGAAUUGGCCACGUUCUGCACCCCAAGGAGAGCUCGGGAAACCUCUGGAGGAGGCUUCCAGGGCGAGCGCUGUUGGGCUCCCGUGAACCCUUAGCUCCACUAGAGAAAACUGACUCCCUUAUAAAGAAGACUCCUGUCAAGAAGACGGACAGAGACCCCACACUCUCCAUCAGCAUGGUCCUCCUUCCACCGAGGCGGGCACUUCACCAAGAGUUGGCUACACAGCGUGCUCAGCACACAGGGCAUCAGUGACAGACGCAUGCGCCCAUGAAUGUUCCAUGGACAGCAACGAAAGGAAUGCAUGGAUGGACAGACAGAAAGAUGAUGAAGGCCUGGGGAUGUGGCUCAGCGGCACAAGCGCCUGCCUGGCAAGCUCAAGGUCCUCCCGGGGUGCCCAGAGGCCGCCUGGCACUCAGUCUUGCCUGGGUGGGACCAGGAGAGCAGCGAGUGGCGAUUGGUGGACCCGGCCGAGGCCCAGCGUUCUCAGCCCAGCUCUUUGUCUGCCGCUUUGUGAUGGGCGCUUGCAGGAAGCUGUGAUGGAACCUGGUGGAGGCCUCGGGCCAGAGCGGGACUCCCGGGCGGAAGGCGCUGUCACGCUGCUCUCACCAGGGCCGGAGCAGUCCUGGUGCUGGUGCCGAGGCGAGGACGGCGGGGGCCGGGACGCCAGGCGAGGAGCCCCGCGGGAUGGCGCGGCCAGGUGUGCCACGGACCACAACGCAGACAACACCACAGCGAUGCUGCGGGAGUGGCUGGCGGCUGUGGGCCACCACUACGCAGCUGUGAUGUGGAGGCCUGAGGGGGAGCCCAGGUCCUACCCGGAGGAGGAGGGUCCCAAGCACUGGACCAGAGAAAGGCACCAGUUUCUGAUGGAGUUGAAGCAGGAAGCCCUGACCUUUGCCAGGGACUGGGGAGCUGACUAUAUCCUGUUUGCAGACACCGACAACAUUCUGACCAACAACCAAACGCUGCGGUUUCUGACGGAGCAGGGGCUGCCGGUGGUGGCGCCCAUGCUGGACUCGCAGACCUACUACUCCAACUUCUGGUGUGGGAUCACCCCCCAGGGUUACUACCGCCGCACAGCCGACUACUUCCCCACCAAGAACCGCCAGCGCCGGGGCUGCUUCCGGGUCCCCAUGGUCCACUCCACCUUCCUGGUGUCGCUGAGGGCAGAGGAGACAGCCCAGCUCGCCUUCUACCCCCCUCACCCCAACUACACGUGGCCUUUUGAUGACAUCAUUGUUUUCGCCUAUGCCUGUGAGGCUGCUGGGGUCUCCGUCUACGUGUGCAACGAGCACCGGUUCGGGUACAUGAACGUGGCCGUGAGUCCCCACGGGGGGCUGGAGGACGAGAAGGCCAACUUCCUUCACCUGAUCUUGCAGUCACUCGUGGACGGGCCCCCCAUGCAGGCCUCCGCUCACGUGUCUCGCCCCCCGAAGAGGCCCAGCAAGAUGGGGUUUGAUGAGGUGUUUGUCAUCAGCCUGGCCCGCAGGCCCAGCCGCCGCCAGCGCAUGCUGAGCUCGCUCUGGGAGAUGGAGAUCUUGGGGCGUGUGGUGGAUGCCGUGGACGGCCGGCUGCUCAACAGCAGUGUCCUCAGGAGGCUGGGCGUGGACCUGCUCCCCGGCUACCAGGACCCCUACUCGGGCCGCACGCUGACCAAGGGCGAGGUGGGCUGCUUCCUCAGCCACUACUCCAUCUGGGAAGAGGUGGUUGCCAGGGGCCUGGCCCAGGUGCUGGUGUUUGAAGACGACGUCCGCUUUGAGAGGAACUUCCGGGGCCGGCUGGAGCGGCUCAUGGAGGACGUGGCGGUGCAGAAGCUGCAGUGGGACCUGAUCUACCUCGGCCGGAAGCAGGUGAGCCCGGAGGAGGAGGAGGCCGUGGAGGGGCUGCCGGGCCUGGUGGUGGCCGGAUACUCCUACUGGACGCUGGCCUACGCCCUGAGCCUGGCGGGUGCCCGCAAGCUGCUGGCCUCUCAGCCCCUGCACCGCAUGGUGCCUGUGGACGAGUUCCUGCCCAUCAUGUUCGACCAGCACCCCAAUGAGCAGUACAAAGCGCACUUCUGGCCGCGGGACUUGAAGGCCUUUUCCGCCCAGCCUCUGCUCGCCGCCCCCACCCACUAUGCGGGGGACGCCGAGUGGCUCAGUGACACGGAAACAUCUUCUCCUUGGGACGACGACAGUGGCCGCCUCAUCAGCUGGACUGGCUCUCAAAAAACCCUGCGCGACCCCCGCCUGGACCUGGCAGGAAGCAGCAGGCACAGCCUCCAUCCGCACCCCAGGGACGAGCUCUAGGUGCAGCUGGCAGGGACAGGGGACGGGAGCAGCCCUGCUGGCCUGGGUCUCCCUUCUGCCCUUGGCUGGGGCGGGUCUGCUUCUCUCCUGUCCUUGGCCGCCGCACUGUUGGUCCGAUUGCGUCCAGCCCUCUUUCUCUCAUCCCGUCCAGUGUCUGCUUCAGCGGGUCCCCUCGCUGGGCACCCGGGCAUCCUGCCUCUCAGGAUCCCUGUCCCACCAGGCCAGAUGAUGGCUUCGGAGGAGGAGACCGACAGCUGGCAGGAGCAGAAAGCCGGCAGAGGACUGGCUGUCACCUUAGGCUGGGCCCUCUUAGGUCGGGAGAAACCACUCAGAGCUGGACUGUGGUCCUUCUGAAGGUCACACAGCCAAAAGGCAGGCUCAGAGCCCGGCCGGAGGGCCAGAGGUGGCCCCUCAGCCUUCCUGCGAGCUGGGCAGACCCCAGGCCCUGUCCUCCCUCAGGACAGAGCGGCUGGGGCCCUGCCUGCCUCUACCUCCACCUCGCCCCUCCCCUACUCCACGACUGGGUCUUGCCGGGACCUCUUCCCCGCCAGGGGGAAGUGCAGGGGGGGAUAGACCUAGCAGGCUGAGGGUAGCACACAGUAGGCCCUCAAUAAAAGCCUGCUGCAUUUGCACUUUA